CUCCACAUACUCAUGCUCUUCUACCUCAGUGCCUUUGCACAUGCAGUUCCUCCUCCUAGACUCUGCUUUCAAGCAUAUGCCAGACCCCCACUCUCACUUUGUUCAAGUUCCUGCUUAGAUGUCUCCUGUCUAGGAACACUUUCCUAACCACCUUUAAAAAAGUAUUGUCCUUGUUACUCUCUGCCUGUGUCUUAGCACUUAGAACCCUGCAUCAUGUAUUUUCUUGUUUAUUAGCUUUCUCUCCCUCUGGCACAUAGAUUUAGAAAAAUACAGAUUUUAUUUUGUUCCCAGCUGUAACUCCAAUACCUGGACUAGUCUCUGGCACACAGCAAGUGUUUAGGAUGUAUUUGAUAUACGAAUCUACCCCGGAUGUAGGAGAAAGCGGGCUUGCGUGCUGUUCUGGGGUUUGUCUGGCUCUGUUCUUUGUUACCUCUUUCUCCCAUUUGUUCACUCACAAACCUUUACUCAGAAGCUGUGUUGUGCUGGUUCCGGUCCCCUCGCUGCCCUGGCAGAAGAGACAGGAAGUAGGAAGGGAAACAGAUAAAGCGACUGUUCGUCCUGGUUCGGGCUCAGGAGACCAUGACAGACCCGGAGGCGGGGCUCCGGGAGGACUGGAGGCAGAAAGGGCUGAGCUCCAGAGGAGCCAGUGGCUCUCAGGGCUGCAUGGAAGGCGGAGCGGAGGGUGGGCCUCCAUUCAGGGAAGUGGGCUCGGUCCGCUGGGCCUUUGCCGGGUUUGGGGUGCCCUGUUCUGUGCCCCCAUAGGGAACCCUAGUUCCUCCCAGGAGUGCUCCUGCUGGCUGGGUCCGUGUCUGCAUGGCAGGGCUUUGCCGUUCUUUGCCAGGGAGAUCUAUGGGCUGAGGGUGGACACCACUGCCAUGCGCCGGUGGCGGCAUGGGAGGAAGAGGGUGGCAGGGGUGGCGCCAGGUCAUUGGAAAUGUGCUGCAGGCUUGUCUGGAACCUACGGGGAAGCGCAGGGGUCAGAAAGGACACAAACACACAAAACGAAAAUCUUGUUUUUGUUUUCUGUGGCUGCAUAACCAACCACACCAAAAUUUCAGGCUUGAAACAGAUUCAUGGCUCUCACUUCUACUCUAGACAGCCGAGUCCUGGCUGUAGGCAGCGUGGUCAGGGCCACUGGCUGAAAGUGGAGUGUCCACCACUCCUCAGGAUCCCUCUUCAGGUGGCUUCACCGGUCCAGCCCUCGGUGUGUGACUGUGGACUUCAAGGAGGAGAGCAAUCCGAGGCCCCGGGCCUGGAUGCGGAGGUAUCAGAGGUGCACCCUACCCCCAGUGGGCAAGCAGCGUCCAAGCCGGAGGCACCUUUGGAAGCUGUCUCCCUCUGCUCUGAAGGGUAUGUGAGAGAUCUCGGGUGCUACCCUGAAAAGAGUGUGUGGACGGCCGCAGCCUUAUGAAGACAUGCCUGGGCCUACAUUUCUGUGACCAGAGAUAUGAAAAUUAAAUAACAUUCAGCCACAGGUCAAUGAUAUCUACGAAAUUAGACAAGUGGGCCCCGGGUGGGGAAGCCAACCCUUGGGUUCUGUUGGUGACACUCACUGGUGGCAGUCUGGCCCUGGCUAAGGGAAUGCGUUGCGUGUCUCUCCCAGUGGCCCAGUGAUGCGAUCCUGGGGUCUUUCCCAGCAAGUCACCCCUCGGGUCCCUACAGAGGCAAUGCAGGAGGACAUCCACGCCACUGCUGUUGGAGGUGCUAAAGAGCCGGAGGCCACUGCAGUGACCAUAAUGGGGGAAAUUUUUAAGUGACAUCUGGGGGCACAUGCUAUAGAAAACACAACACACAGACACAAAGAACUCAGGCACCCAGAGCAGUAGAUGCGAUAUGUGGACAUCUCAGUAUUCAGGCCCAACACAGAUGCAGAGUCACGUGGGCAGGAGGAGUGGACGCUGGGACAGGGCGUGAAUGAAAAUUAUUAAAGAAGGGGGUCAGAACACCACUUCGGACCCUGGCUUCUCCCCUACUGUGCUGUGUAACCUUGAGCUCUGUGUGCCCUCUAAUGCUUGGGUCUAUAGUUUCCUCCUCUGAUACAGAAGGGCACACAGUCAGGGUCCCAACAGGAAGUAGAAAGCAUACACAUUGCUAAUUUGAGGGAAGUUUGCGGAAGGUCUAAUUACAAGGUGUGAGCAGAGCAUAGGACAAGCACAGGGAAAACGCAGAGCCCUGGUGUGGGGAGGGGUUGAUGGAUCAAGGAACACCUCCCAGCCCUGAGCCUUGGAGGAGACAGCCAUUGACAGGAGGAGACCCAGGGACGCAUGGAGCCCAGGAGGGUUCUGGAGGGAGGGACUUCCCACAGGGGGGGUUGGGCUUCUCCAGACCUCCUGGCCUGUGAGGGCAUUUGAACCUGAGCGUCCUAAACUACAUGAUCAGGAAGGUCCAUCUGGCAUCGGUGGCCACCAGCCUUGAGUGCUGCUCAGCAAAACUUGCAGUGAUGAUCAAAGUGGUCCCCACCUGCCAUGUCCAGCUCUGAGGCCAUCUGCAACGCAUGGCUACCAAAUGCUGUACCUGGUCCAAAUGGAGAUGCGUCGUGAACGCGAAACACAUGCCAGGUUUUAAAACCACAGUGUGAGGGGAAAAAAUAGCCUCUUAGGGAUCAUUUAUACUGUUUCCAUGUUGAAAGGUUAAUCUUUUGGAUUAAUAGGUUGAAUGAAAUAUUUUGCUAAAAGUAAUUUUAGUUUUAUGUGUUUACUAGAACAGCAGCUCCCAGUGUUUUCCUCUGAACUGCUCAGCUUUUAGCCACCUCACUGCGAUCUCCAACUGCCUGGACAGUGGCCACAUUCUCUACCCGCAGGCCAGAAACUCAGUGACACUGCUCUUCUUCGGCCUCUGAUUCCGAGCCUCCCAAUCCCAGACUGCACACCCCCAGGCUGUACUGAGAGCUCACCACUUCCCCUUCUGUCUUAAGGCUCUGAAUCCUUCGUCCAGUAAAUUCCCCUCAACACAGCGGGCUCUGUGUUGACUCAGAAGCUCUCUCAGGAUGUUGUGGGCCUCAAGGUCAGGCCAGCCUUAUAUGGGCAGAGGUAACUGCCUACAUAGGGCAAGAAAAGCUAAAAAUAUCUUCCACUCUUUCCUUCCCUAUUCCUCUGUGCUUCCAAAUCUUACAAAUCCACCAGAGGCUGCUUGGAAGAGACUUUCAUGGUUCUUUACCAGUCAGCUCCCCAGUGCCCAUCAGAAACUGGGCAAAUGCUGGCCCACGGCGAUGCCAGGCCGUAAGGUUCGUGGAGGGGAUCACAGAGGCCCGGACAAGUGGGCCCCAGCAGCCCUGGACUCAGUCCAGCCCAGCGGGAAACUAGAUGAGAGGAAGCAGGCCUAGAACUUUUCUCCACUGCUUACUGAAUUCUCUGUCCACGCUACCUCACUGAAUCCUCCAACAACUCUACCGAGUAGCUAUUGUGUUCGUUCUACUCACCACGGCAGGGACGCUCGCGUUUGGGUAGAGGCAGGGUCUUGCCCAAGGUCGCACAGCACAGGGAUUGACAAAGCUGGCAUUUACUUUCCGCUCGGCCACCUCCGUCCCAUGACCCUGUGAUUCGGGGGAAGAGCUCCGUAGCUCCUUUAGCCAGACAGCUGUGUGACAGGAGACUGGACAGAGGCCUCCUGCAGAGGUCACAGAUUGGUGGCCCCUUGUGCCGACUUUGACCACCUGACUUGUUAAGAUGGGUCAACACAGUAGUGUCUCUAUUUUUUUUAAGAUUGGAUUUAAAAACUUGGAGAUUUUUAUAUACUAAAGGGAAUGGCUGGCAUCCUUGAAAAAUCCUGAACAUCUGGUGACGUUGGGCCUUGCUUUUCAAGGGGCUUUGACCCUCUGCUGUACUGAGAAGCGACUCCCUUUCUGAAGGUCACACUCCGCAGUCGCCUGCUUCCUUCAGCUGCUCUGCACAACCACCACGCCCUGCAGAACACAGGCGCAUGGGGCUGCUGCUCCUGGACAACCUUAUGUGCCUGGUUCCUUCCUCUGUGGCAGCCCCUGGCUUUGGGUGGGGGUGGAUCAGAGCCUGGGAAGGGCACUGAGCUUUCCGAGGGUCUAACCACAGGUGUCCCAUUCAGUUGCUGGGUGACUAUGAGAUGUCACUUCCCCUAACCACACCACAGGAUGCCCCACCUCAGGUCUGAGGGAGUGGCCCAGACAGCCUAUCCUUGUAAGGAAAAAUGACCAACAGCCUGAAUGCCACCUGCUUUGUCCCCUACCAGUCUAUCUCUGGACUGGGGGUUGGGGGGGGCUCCUGGGGUGCAGAUCCUGCUGGAAGUGAACCUGCAGGGCGGAGGGCUGCACAAGGCAGCGGACAGGGAAUGGCAUUUAUUGAGCUCCUACCGCUGCCGGGCCAGGUGCAUUACAAGGUAAUCACGGGCCUGUGAGCUAAACGGCUGAGCACAGUGGUAGCCAGGGGUCUCUGAUCUUAGCAGAGAUCCCCUGGUCUCCUGUGGGUUCUCAGCCCCUAAGUGUCAAGGAUCAGGCUCCCCUUGGGGCACGUAGCUACAGACAGGGAGGGGAGGGAGAGGGGAAGCAGAGCUGAGUCCUAGUCUGUCACUACUGGUAAUGAGCUGUAUGGUUUCUCAGAAUCUCAGUUUCCUCCUCUGUAAAAUGGGCUAAUUCUACCUUCCUUCUAGUAGGACUGCAGAUACGGCUUGGAAAACGUCUCUUUCUCUCCUCGCACAACUUCUCCUGCCCCUGCCUACCACGAGAAUUGGAGGCAGCUUGCCCAACCCCCUGGGAGGUGGCCCCAGGCGGGGUGGGGCAAGGCAGCCAGGAGGACUUAAUUAAAGGGUGGAAAAGCAGAAGCAGCACGGUUUCAGCACCCCACUUCCUCUCCACCUGCCCACGCUGCCGCAGACCACCUGCCUGAAUCUGCUGCUAUUCCAGGACCAUGAGGGGACCCCAUAGAGCUGCUGAGCACCUCAUCAGGACCGGGUGGAGGUUCUGGUACUUGGGGAUCCAAAAGGUAUUUGUCCCACUACGCACUGCCUGGAACACCUUCUCCCAGCCUGUCCCAGCCAGCUGUGGCCAGUUGCUGGCCCACCUCCUCCUGUGCGGGUCCCUGGCUGUCAGUGCUGCAAGUCUGGUUCAUCGCUGGCUGACAUCUUCACAGCUUUAUCCUCUGGGACUCUCGGCCAUGCUGGCUACAGUCUGUGGCCUCCUGGUCUUCCUGGCCCUGGGCCUGCUGCCCCCAGUUCGCUGCCUGUUUGUGCUCAGUGUGCCCACCUUAGGCACAAAGCAGGGCCGCCAGCUGCUCCUGUCCUACAGUACUGCCACCCUGGCCAUUGCUGUGCUGCCAAAUGUCUUGGCCAACAUGCAUGCCAUCGGGCAGGUGCUGAGAUGUGUCACCGAGGGUUCCCUGGAGAGUCUGCUCAACACCACUCACAAGCUGCAAGCUGCCUCCAGGGCUCUGGGCUCUGCAGGCCGAGCAGGCAACCGGGGCCUGACAUUGGAGGCCCAGGGCAAUGGCUCUGCCUUCCGGCUUCACAUGCUCAAGGUUGCUCAGCAGGUCCUGGAGGAUUUCUCUGGCCUGGAGUCCCUGGCAGGGGCAGUAGCUCUGGGAACCCAGCAGGUAGUCACAGGACUGUUUAUGCUUGGCCUCCUGGUGGAGUCGGCCUGGUACCUCCAUCGCUACCUGACAGACCUGCAGUUUGACAAUAUCUACAUGACUCGGAGGCUGGCUCAGCAGUUGGCUCAGGCCCAGGCCACAUACCUGAUGGACUCCCCACCAGCCUGGCUGCUCCGGGUGGCCCGGCCAAAGCUGUCACAGGAGGAGCUGCUGAGCUGUCUCCUAAGGCUGGGACUGCUUGUCCUGCUCCUGGUGGCCACAGCUGUGAUAGUGGCCACAGACCACAUGGCCUCCCUCCUGGCACAGGCAGCUGUGAAGUGGGCUCAGAAGCUUCCUGUUGUGCCCAUCACACUCACAGUCAAGUAUGAUGCAGCAUAUUCCGUACUGGACUUCAUCCCCUUCCUCUUCAACCACCCAGCCCCUGAGAGCUCCUUCUUCUCGGUGCACAAGGACUACGCAUGGGAGCUCCGCCUCACCUCCCGUGACUGCCCACUGCUGCCCGCCCAGCGUCCCUGCACUUCCUGGGCGCUGGCCGCCGGAGCCCUGCAACUCCUGGCCGGCUCCACCGUGCUCCUGGAGACCUACGCCCGGCGCCUGCGGCACGCCAUCGCCGCCUCCUUCUUCUCCGCCCAGGAGGCCAGGAGGGUCUGCUACCUUCACAACCGGCUCCAGAGAAGAUACGACCGGUGCCAAGGCCAGGAGCUGGCCCGGGGCUCCUUCGUGCCCCUGACACCCGGCGCUGCCUGUCUGCACCGAGCACGGAAAACCUUUACUACAGACCUUACUUGCAACCCUGGCCCUAUGACGCCUCCAUGGACUAUAGGUGUUUCGCUUCCCCUCUCUAAGCCGUUUCUACAUCUGCACAAUAACUGCGUGGUGACAAUCAUGCGAAACCACUUUCCACUAGGGAAUGCACAAGGAGGGCCUGAAAGGACGAUGCAGGGUCAAAGUAACAAGUGGAGACAGCUGGAGGCUCCUGCAGGCCACGUGGAGAUCACUCAAUCUCCCACCUACGCCAACUGCUUUACCUGUUAGGCGGAGACUCAGCCUCGUGAGUUCACUUUCAUGUUUCUGGAACUUAUUUAUAUGCCCCUGAAGUCUCUGAACUUAUUUA